GUGCUCGCCAGAUUUCUAUUGCCUACUGUACUGUCACGAAUUACGCAUCAUUGUGGGAGGUUUGUCAACCACUAAUUUGGCUUGACCUCCAUCAGAUAAGCUUCACAAUAUUAGUUAGAUAAAUUUUCCAUCAGACCUUAUGUUGCACCAUAGUAUACGGAAACGGAGAGACCGAAGGCAUGAAGGCAUAUGUGGAACCCCACAUUUCUUGCGGGGCUGUCCCCGAGCGUCCGCGGGGAUUUCCAGAUACCUCCGCUCUAUCCACAGGGACGACUCGGCUACUCAUACAUCCAUGGCCCAUUAGGAAGCGAAGCUUAAACUGCUCGCUCUUCAGAAGCCAGUACAGAUCUCACAUAUCACAACGUACUAGAGCCAACUCAGAGCCCAACACAUCUUAUUUCCACAAGAUGUCAGCAUCCCAAUUUGGACAAACAUGCCGCGUCCCACAUCCGCGAAUCACCAUCUCCCAUGUUGUGUCUCGGAGAUCCAUCGGAUCUGUUAGUGCAAUUGACUCAGGAAUUUUCCGGUCACUAUUCGGAACUGAAGAAACAUGCAAAGUAUCCGACGAUAAAGCGUACAUCAAGCGGUGCGUGGACGCCAAAGCCGCGCUCGCAAGAGAGUAACUCAGACAUUUAGUGAGUCGAAGCUGGACAUGGAGCGUCUUCGUCAUGAGACGACGUGAAUGGUGGAAGAUGCUCUUGCUGUUGAUUAGAG